GUGGAAGGCACGACAGAUGGCUAGUUGCCCCUGCCGAUCCCUGAUAUAACCCGUUCAGCAGCUUACCGUCUACGACCUCAUCUGAUCGUCCAGUCAACAGAGCAUACGGUUUAAUCACUGAAUAGUGCGCCGAGAAAAUUGCACAACAUGCCUUUCUGCUCGACAAUAUACUCAAUUCAUCAGCGCAUUCCUUUGUUAUUACAUCGCUUACUCCCUAUCUCUACCUACAACUGCAUUUGCUGCAUUACCUGCCGGGAGUGCUACUUGUUUUACGCCUCCGAAUCAACUUAUCAGCUUUCAAGCGUGUGCUUAUUUCCUCAAUUCCAGAGCAUUUCAUCAGUGCUCAAGUACUGUAGCUCCUCAAGUUGAUUCUAGCGCCAGUGCUCUCAGCUCCUUUGGGCCGUUUUGAUCCGCAUUGCAACAUGCCAGGUGCAGUUUAGCUUUGAUCUUUCAAGAUGACGUCGACCAUGAUGGACGAUCUUACGCCCAAUCCUACCACCGCUGAGCUCAUAAACUGGGCCAUGGAACAUGCUCUUCUUGCAGGGAAAAUUGGCUUCAAGAAAGCUUGGGAAUCCAAAGCAAUUUCCGGGCUGACAUACCUAGAUGCCUUUGAUUUGCAAGAAUCCGACGGAAGAAGAGUCGAUCGACUGCCCCUAAAACUCGUGAAAGAAGACAAUCUAUACGCCAACUUGCAACGAUCAUUGUCAGAAUGGAACCGCGAGAGGGAACUUUAUCACUUCUUGUCCGACAAUAAGUCCGCAUUCAGGCGCAAAGACACAAUGGCUGAGCUGAAUAUACAGCUUGUUGCAGAAGGCAUGUCGGAUGCUGACCUCGAGGCCUUGUCAUCUGCGCCUCUUGGAGUAAAACUUGAGGAAUUAUACUUACUCAAAUGCAAAAACGAGCAGGCACGAUAUAUCAAGGGGACUUUUACAGACAGGCUGAUUAGCCAGGCUCCAGGAACGGCCUGUCCAAAGGCAUUGAUGAUCUAUCUGAUAAAUGACCGUUUGUAUCCGGGCGACAUGCGAGAGACCAUUCCCAUCUCUGUACCCCUAAUCACGACUUUCGGUAUGAUGGUUGAUGUGCUCAACGCUUAUUCGACCUAUAACAACUGGACGGUACCCACUGGGAUUUCUCAUGGCCGCGGUUCCGGUCCGGCUCAGUCGUUGACUGCAGGUUUCGAUGAUGGUGAAAUAGCGGCGAUGGACAAAGCUUGGUGUGCUUGCCUUUUGGAACAGUCGCCCAAAAGAUUUUACAGUUUUUCACUGGAUCACUUGCACCAGAAGUUUAAUCCUCUAUUCUCUGAAUAUCGUCUUUCGGAUGAUUACAACUGGAGCUCGUUAAAGCGGGCCAUGCUGCGUGGGGGGUAUCCAGCAGUGAUUUGGCAUGUGAGUUUUCCCAUCAUCUUCUCCAUAUUUGCCUUCUAUUUAUGCUGUGUGAAACCGAGGCAUUGACUUUUGCUAAUUGGACCCAGGAAUCCUCCGUUGCUGCUUUUGAAGCUCGCAUCAGAGCAACAAAGACAUUCCAGCAUUUGUACGGUGAUAUUGAUCGCGGCCGUCCUCGUCAUAUCGU